AUGGCCGUCGCACGCUCGAUGCGCCGCACGAGCCCAAUCAGCCUCCUGAUAGCCGCCCUCCUAGCAUUCGGCUUCAUCUGCUUCAUGCUGAAUCCCUCGACACCCUCCGCAUCAACAUCGUCAUCCGCCGCAUCCUCACAAGAACGACAAGAAAACGCCGCCGAGCACCCCCUCUCCCCACCCACAAAACCAUUUUUCAAAUCCCAAGCCGUCCGCAGCGAUGGCCACAAAGCCGCGCCUCCAGUCGUGCACUACAACCUCAACAGCUUGACAAGCACGGCGGAUUCCGUCGCCAACGGCGAGCGGGUCCUAAUCCUCACCCCGCUAGCCCGCUUUUACCAAGGAUACUGGGACAACCUGGAGAAAUUGAGCUAUCCACACGAACUCAUCUCAUUGGGUUUCAUUGCGCCGAAAACGAGCGAUGGCAAUGCUGCCGUCGCGGCAUUGGAGAAGGCCAUCGCGAAGACACAGUCCGGUCCCAUUGAUUCCCGCUUCGCGAGUAUCAGUAUUCUGCGCCAGGAUUUUGAACCGCCACUGAAAUCCCAAAACGAAAAAGAGCGGCAUAAACUCGGCGCGCAGAAAGAGCGCCGGGAGUCGAUGAGUCGCGCACGGAAUAGUCUUGUCUUUACGACGCUUGGUCCGGCUACUUCUUGGGUUCUCUGGCUAGACGCGGAUAUUGUUGAAACGCCUGCGUCUCUGAUCCAGGAUCUGACAAGCUUCGAUCAACCUGUCAUCGUGCCGAAUUGUUUCCAGCGGUAUUAUGAUUCCUCGAAGCGGAAGUGGGAUAUUCGGCCGUACGACUUUAAUUCAUGGGUGGAUAGUGAACAGGCGCAGAAUCUCGCUGCACAGAUGGGUCCUGAUGAGAUUCUUUUGGAGGGUUACGCUGAGAUUCCGACUUAUCGCACGUUGAUGGCUUACUUGCCUGAUUUCAAGAAGCUCAAUCCUAAAAAGAUGCUUGCGCUUGAUGGGGUUGGUGGGACGGCGCUGCUUGUGAAGGCCGAUGUUCAUCGUGAUGGGGCUAUGUUCCCUGCUUUUCCUUUCUUCCAUCUUGUCGAGACCGAGGGCUUUGCGAAGAUGGUAAAGAGGUUGGGGUACGACGUUAUUGGGUUGCCGGAUUAUUUCGUUUAUCAUUAUAACGAGUAA